AUGAGCGAGUAUCGUCCACGAUCCCCAGACCUUUCUUCUCUUCCUCCCUCCAACCCUCCCCCCUACGCGCCUUUGAGCCCUCUUGCUCAUCGUGCCUCCUACGACGCUUCACCUUUCUUUCAUCCCGUCCAACCAGGUCGCGUCGAACAGUACGUGCCGCCAGACGAUAUGGCUCGCCGUUCCUCUCGCUUGCAAGAUGAUGCGCCCAUCCUCGCUCUAGGUGCAAUGCCUGACAUAAUGCCGGACACAAUGCCGGAUACAAUGCCGGAUACAAUGCCAGCCAUGCCAGCCAUGCCCGCUAUGCCCGAUGAGAUUCCCCAGGCGCGUCCCGGCGCGGGGAUCGAAGUCAAGACCAAGUUUCCCGUCGCGCGCAUUAAGCGCAUUAUGCAGGCCGAUGAAGAUGUCGGCAAGGUCGCCCAAGUCACACCGAUCGCAGUUUCCAAAGCACUGGAACUCUUCAUGAUCUCGCUCGUUACCAAAGCCGCCCAUGAAGCCAAGGAACGUAACUCGAAGCGCGUCACGGCGUCUCACUUGAAACACGCGGUGGCCAAGGACGAAGUGCUGGACUUUUUGGCCGACAUUAUCGCAAAGGUGCCCGAUCAACCCGCCGGUCGGAAACACGAAGACGACGGCAGCGAUCAAAACGAAGGGCGUCGGAAGCGUGGAGGCCGGCGACCCAAGGAGGAGAGCGACUAG